AUGCAAAAUCUGUCCCGACCUUUAACGGCUCGCCGGCUUCCCUUGCAAUCAUUUAUAAGACUAGUCACAACCGCGCAACUGGCGAACCGAAUUCCAGGCGAUAGAUAUUACGAAAUCAAGGACCAUGUGGACGAUUACCUUUACUACAAGUCGCUUACCCCAAGAGUGAGAGAUAUCGUGUAUAGGAAACACAAUCAGCCAGAAGUGUUGACCAGAAAUGCUUUAGAUCUUGAAGGAAGGCCGCUGACACCAAAACCUGUUCCUGGGGCACCAUCAAGAUUGAGAUUUUCGUUUUUCAUUGAUGGACUGUUGGUGCCUACCGAGCUCGACGACUUGUUCCCUGUGAUAACGAAGCUCGAUUUGCAUGCUCCUGAACUUCUCAAUGAAAUGGUGAUAAAGUCAUUUUUGUACAAAGCAGCUGAGUUCAAUAGGUUGUCAGAUGCGUUGAGCCUUGUGUUCCAGCUGAAAACUUACAAAUCCAGUCUUAGAUUCAAUCAGACUGUUUCCGAGGCUGUCAUUCUUUUGCGAGCUCUGGAGAUUGAGAAGAAUAAGAUUACUUCUUUACAAUGGUUCAACGUGAAGACAAGAUUCGUGAGAAGACCAGACCGCAAACACCGAAAGAAGGUGAACGAGCCAAGUUCCUUAUUGACUGAACUUUGCGGAUUUAUUAACCUCCAAAGAGCCCAGGUGGAAGUAUUUGGAGAGCCAGAUGCUUUGGUCAAUAAGGCUGUUGAAAAGACGUUUGAUAGACUGCAAGGCUUUGCUGGAUUUAAUAUUGCAGACUUUGAGAAAUCCAACCUGAUCAAAAUGUACUACGGUCUGGAGCAUAUUUAUACAAUCACAAAAUAUCUGUCGCAUUGUGUUGCCAGGGCUCCAGAGCUAGCAUAUUCAUCCAAGUAUUCUGAGCUUGUGAAACUGAACGAGGCAUUUAUUUCGGAAGCAGAGGCUUUGCAGCAGAAAAUUGGUAAGAAGGAGACUCAGCUCGAAAAGCUGGAGGCACUUAAGUUUGAACGGAAGACACAAUUGGCAGAAAAGACCGAAGAAGCCGAGAAGACUGAGUAA